ACCCUAUCUUAAAAGCCACUCAUUCAGCCAAAUCUAAAUACUCGUACAUUCAUAUACGCAUUUAGUAUGUGAUUUUCUCUCCUCUUUGUGAAGAUUUUGUCAAGUUUUUAAUGGGAUAUUUUCAUAAUUUGGAUGUGUUCUUUUAAGCGAAAGCCAUCGUUUUCUUUUUAGACAUGCAAACAAGAUAACGAUAUAUCAUAAUAAAGAUAUGCAGCAGCAGCAGCCGCCACAAGAUCAUCGGAGGCUGAAGCCGUUGACUGCGGCCGGAGAUAACAAUCAACAGCAACCUCAAAAGUGUCCUCGUUGUGACUCGGUUAACACAAAGUUUUGUUACUACAACAAUUACAGUCUCUCCCAGCCCCGUUAUUUCUGCAAGAGUUGCAGGAGGUACUGGACUCAAGGUGGAACCCUGCGGAACGUGCCCGUCGGCGGUGGUUGCAGGAAAGGGAAACGCUCGAAGGGUUCUUCCUCCGGUGAAAAUCCAAGGUCGUCUCAGCCGCAGAUACCACCACCUCCACCACAACAAGCUCCGGCGGCUCCAUCAUCUCGUAUUUCUUCAGUGGGAUCAUUGUAUCAUGGUGAUGGGUUCUUAUCAUCUUCAACGGCAAUUCAAUCAAUGAACCAAGAGCAACCUUUUAAUCAAAGUAUCGGUGGUGGGUCUUCAAAUUUGGGUCUUUUGCAGAUUCAGCAGACACAGUUCUUACAAAUGGGUGCUGAUGGAGAUCAAAAUGCUCUAAACAUGUACUCAGUGGAUCAUCAAAACGACAAUUCAUGGUAUCAAAGUUUCAUCGACAAUACUAAUCCUAUAAUCUCAGAAGCAGCGGCAGCUUUAUGGAGGAUCAACAACAUUAACACCAGCAAGAACACAGAUGGUUCUUCUUUGAAUCCAAGUCAAUGGCUUGACUCUGAUCUUCCAGGUUAUGGUCAUCCAUAGUGUUU